AUGAAGCGUGUAAAAAUACUAGACCCUGAGCCUACUAUCCUGAGAAGCAACGACAACAGAGUAGCCUUUCGCUUGCCCUCUGUCUACACAACAAAUGCCAAGUCUCACCUCAAGGCCCGACAAUCCAUGCGGCCAUCAAGCUUCGUAAAGGCAGUGUGGACAAACACGGACACUCAUGACCUCCAGGCCAAGCAUGCAGAUGCAAAGUUUCCUUCUUGGUUGCGCAAUCGUAUACUCUCUUGGGUCAAGCAGGCAGUCAAAGACUCACGCAUACACUUUAAUAGCACUGAACUUGCCAUCCUCUUCCAAAUGUACUUUCACCUUACACACCUGGAAGUGCGCGCCCUGAAGGUCCUUGAAGUGGAAAAAUUCCUAAACACAACUCUGGAUAUUUCACAUGGUCUCACGCUAACACGCCUUGCCCGUACCGCGCAAUUGCUUCCCACGGGCAGUAGUCGGGGGAAAUCGCAUUCUGUGAACCCUUUCGAGUUUGUCCUUCUCCUGUCCGUGUUGUUGAGGGGCAAACUCGCCGAACGCGCCGAUCUGGCCUUCUACGCCAUGGAUGUUGACGGCGAUGGACUGCUGCGUCAGCCAGUUGAGUUCACUGCCCUGUUGCAGAACUCCUUUCCUCCAGAGUACGCUUCAGCGGAUGAAGACCUUGAUCCCGAGCUGUCCGUUCGGGAGGCAAUCGCAUUCCUCACGCAUAAAGCGGGCAUUCGGAGGGGCGGGAGCGUGGAUCUGGAGGCGUUUCGGGAACUGGCAGCCGCGGAGCCCUGGAUGGUGGAGUCCCUGCUUCGCUGCAUCCCAAGCGACAGGGCAAAUAUGGCCUUCCAGUGUAUUUUCACGGAAAAGGUCGUGCUGCCUGCACGCGAGAAUACCAGGCCCCUCUGGAUUCAUACUAGCCAAUCAGCACUGGCCGGAACAGACUGCGAGCAGUAG